AUGCACAGGGAUCUGAGCACCAUCAUCUUCACUGCCGAUCCGAUGGCUGCCGGAGCGGUGACAGACUGGGCGCGCGCGAGGAAGGCGCCUCCGGCCGCAGGGUCCAGGCGCACAGUGCGCACUUACGAGUUGGAGGAGUCCGACACGUUGGAGGAGUCCGAUGAGCUCACGCGCGACGAGGCGACGAGCGACGGCGAGACGUCGUUUGAUUGGCUGCUGGGCUGGCUCGCGCCCUUCCAGUCGGGCGCUGCCGGACGGCGUCUGUUCGGCAACCUGAACCUGCUCGGCGCCUGGGACGAGUGUCUGGCUGUGCAGGCGGCGCUUAACGCCUCGCGUGGCCUGCAGUCGUCCGCGCGCGGCUUCUCUGGCCGGCUCUGCGCGGCCGCGAUUGUGCCGGACGCCAGCAACACAGGCGCACCGCUGCCACCCGGCUGGCGGACGGUAUUCGUACGCGCGUUCUCGCUGUAUCGCAACGUGCGACGUCUGCUGAGCGUGCAGACGUCUCCGGACAGCAUCGGCUGCCUACACGGCCUACGCUUCAUCUCCAUGACCUGGGUCAUCCUCGGCCACACGUACAUCGUCGGCUUCCUGCUGCUGCCGCUGAGCAACAUGGGUGCGCUGCCGGAUGUCAUUCGGCCGCUGCCGUUCCAGGCCAUCAUGAACGCGCCCCCCUCUGUCGACACGUUUCUGCUGCUCAGCGGCGCUAUGUUCUCCUACUCACUGAUGAACGCGCAGCGUGCCGGCCGCGGGAUCGGCGUGCGCGAGGUGCUCAGCAUGUACGUGCACCGGUAUCUGCGCCUGACGCCGCUGUACGCGGUGGUGGUGUGGCUGACGGCCACGCUGCUGCGCCACAUCGGCCGCGGCUCCUUCACCGCGCUUUAUUUCGGAAUGUUCGGCGUCACCGGCUGCCGGCGCUACUGGUGGCGCAACCUGCUCUACAUCAACAACCUGUACCCCAACGACGAGACGGUGUGCAUCGACCAGGCCUGGUACAUGGGGCUUGACUUUCAGAUACGCAACGACUUCACGCUGCUCGUGUACAACGCGCCGUGGUCGCGCGCCUCGCCCUACAUCAUCGGGCUGGGCCUGGGCCUCCUGCUGGACGGGGCGCGCACUGGCCGCUUGCGCCCGCGCCUUAGCGCGCCGCUCAACCUGCUGCUGUGGGCGCUGGCUGCGGCCGUCGGGCUGCUGGUCGUGUACGCGGCGCUGCACCGGCCAGCAUGGCUGGCCUGCGGCUGGGUCGUGCUCGCCUGCGCCACGGGCCACGGCGGCCCGGUCAACAGCCUGCUCUCACAGCCCGCCUGGGUGCCGCUCGGCCGACUCACAUUCGCCACAUACUUGACCUCCAUGCAGCUGCAGGUGUGGUUCGCCACCCAGGCGCGCGUGCCGCUCGCCUUCACGCACACGCUGUUCGUGUUUUGGUUCCUGGCCGACCUGGUGCCGCCGGCCGAGUGA